GUUACUAUGGGUUUUCUUAAUUCAUAAUAACUGUGCACUUGUUUUUCGUAUUUAUUUAAUAUUAGAAUGUAACAUUUUAACAUUCUAUUGUCUUUGAUCUUUAAAAGGCAAAAUACUAACUACUUACUUGAUCUAUCAUACACGACGACUAAUAGGUUUUAGCUCCAGGAUGUUAAAGGAUAUUUCAUAGUAAGGUGUAUGAAUUGUAUGUUCGAAGACAUUUUUUAUGGUUUUCCUUUCGGUCAAAUCGGCAAAUAGUCAAUCAAUAGCGAGUGUCAAGACUUCAUGAGAGAACUAUUUACAAUGAGAAAGCACAACAGAUAAUUGAACAAUUGUCAGUGUCAGACUUUUACCACCUCUCCAUUGGCACUGCGCCGUGAGUUUCCAUUGCGGAAUGUAAUUGGAUUAGGCAGCAACCAAGUCCGAUACCCAGUCUCAGUAUCAGUCCCAAUCGCGACGGGACCACCCGUUAGAGCUCCAGAUAGCUUCGAAUCCGUGGCCAAAGCUGGAGGAUUGGAAUUGCAUAAUCUGGAAACAUGAGCAGGGCGAACAACUCGAAAAUCGUUUUCAAGCCGAAAACGAGCAUCGGAAGCAAGAGUAGCCAGCUAAUCGACUAUGAACGCAUCCAAGGGGAGUUGGAAGCGGUGGCUCCGACAGCCUCGCCUCCACCAGCAUUACCUCCCAAUAGUGGUCAGGGAAAACUCAUGUUGAAGCUGAGCUCCGCCAAGAUUUCGCUUGGCAAGAUCUCGCAGAUUCCGCAAAAUAGUCUUCAAGCUUCUUCCGCGACAGAUGCAGUGCGUCGAAAAUCGGCACCACAGGUCUUAGCCUUUACCAUUGCCCCCAAAGUGGAAGCGAUUUCGGAAACGCAGCCUCCAUCAGUGCCCAAGCUGCCUGGAUUUGCGCCAAGCAGCGGCAUUCGACGUUCUAGGACAUUGGGUUUGUCAAAUGGCGACCAAGCAGGGACAACUGGUCUACCCACUGAGGACCUUGGGCUGCAGGACAGGGAAAGUUGCAGUGGCAGUGAGCCCACCAGCAGCUUGGCCGGAGGUGGUAGUUCCACCUCGCCAGAAUCCCUACUAGAUAAUAUCCUCAGUGGCGCCUCCUCCGUAUCCGUCCAAAGUAGCAGCAGCAGUCAGGCGAGUAAUGCUACGGUGGCACAGCCCAUUAAAGCCAAGGAGCAAUUGCUUCCGAAAAGGCUACUGAGCUUGAAGGCUUCUCCGCAGUUAAGGAUCUCGCCUCCCACGCCGGACACUAGCCAACCCAAGCUGCAGAUGCUCCCUCAACUCCUGCUGGCAGCCUCUCCAAGGCCAGAGAUCUUCGAAGCCCCAUCGCCGCUGGUCAUGAGUCCCUCCCGGUCGCCCGCGGUCUCCCCAGCAGUUUCCCCAUCACCAAGUAUUACCUUGAGACCCAGUACUCCCCCCGAGAACACCAUAACCUUUACGGAUGAUCUCAAGUGCGGCAUAUGCCUGGAUGUUUACACGGACCCCAGAACCCUACACUGUCUGCACUCCUUUUGUCUGCAAUGCCUGGUCAGCGAAAAUUUCAAGGACGAGUCGUUCUGGGAUCAGGAUCAAGCCCGCAGCGAGGAUCCCUCUUGCUAUAGCCUAAAAUCGGAGAUGGGUGGAUCUAGUGCGGAACUCACGGCUACGGUUUCGCCCGCCAGGCAGCGAGGAACAAGUUUCAGUCUUAGAAGAAAGAAGUCUAUGGAUCGCCUAGUGAUCACGUCCAAGAGUGAAGGCAAGCGAUCGACAAGCUCCUUUGGGACCCGGUUGACCGGAAGCUUUGUAAGCGAAUCUCACACUCGAUGCAUCCGCUGCCAAAGCUGCAACUAUCCCACAGAUCUCCCAUUGGGUGGAGUGCGUCAGCUUCCACAGAACUAUUUGUUAGUCAGACGCAUCGAGGCCUUGCGAUUGCAGGCUGGGGAGGAUGUAAUCUCAAAGGUCUGGUGUUCUCUUUGCACCGACGAAAUUAGUGCCACCUAUCAUUGUAUCAGCUGCACCCUGAAUUUGUGCACCUUGUGCAAGGAGGCACACGAGAGGCAAAGGACCACUGCAAAUCACCGGAUGAGGAGCAUAUUGGAGCUAAGACGCGCCAGGAAGCAAAAGCAACAGCAAUUGGGAUUGGGAGACAGUAGCAAGCUAGUUCUUCGAUGUGGAAUUCAUACCAACUUCGAGCUGAAGGCUUUCUGUACCCAAUGCCGUCAAUUGGCCUGUACCGAUUGUUUGGUGCUACUCCAUAAGGGUCAUCGACACGAGACUAUAUCCCGGGCGAUUGGACAUCAGGGAAAACUCCUUAAAGAAGCUACAGAUCAAACUCGUCCGCUUUGUCAAUAUGCGGAACACUCCAUCGAAAGGUUGAACGAGAUCGCCCGUGGAAUAAACGCUAGGUGCGACGACAUCCAGAAUCAAGUGGAGCGUUACAUGCAAGAGUACAUCGAGGCCUUGGAGGUGCAUCGUAGAACCCUCAUCCAACAAAUCAGUAGAGCCAGGGAGUCCAAAGUGGAGGUUGUACUCAAGCAGCAACUGGAUCUGGAGAAACGCACACAGCAGGCUCUGGAUGCAGUGCGAUUUAGCCAAGAGCUGUGCGAGAUUGGCGCCGAUGUGGAGAUUCUGAGUUAUGCGGCUAUACUUCUUAGGCGUUUGGAGUAUUGUCAACAAUUUAAACCGCCAGUCGAUCCGAAGAUCUCCGACUCGCUACACUUCUUACCCAAAAUUCGGGCUCCGUCGACGAAGGACCAGCGUGAUAUUCCUCUAUAUGGCAUCAUCACCAUGCAGGUGGUGGAACCCGGCUUGUGUACCUUGGAAUGGCAGGGGUUUUCCCAGCUGCGACUCCACAAAAAGGCAGAUCUUCUGUUGCACUCCAGAGAUGCCGACGGAGUUUCCCUGUGCCACGGAGGUUUGGAGAUUAACUGCAUGCUUAAGUACAAGGAAUCGAGCUCCAAGUUCCUGCCCGUGGAGGUUUCGGACAAUAGGGAUGGAACCUACAACAUAUCCUUUACGCCGGAUGCCCAGGGUUCGCUGAUCCUAACGAUCACAAUCAACGAGCGGCCCAUCAAGGGAGGUCCUUUCACCUUUCAGGCGCGUCAAGUUCGUCCGCACACGGGCAUUUACCACUGCUGCUCCUUCUGCUCCGGAAAGGGCAACCGAAGUGUGAUGUGCUCGUGCGAGGGUCGAAUGCCUGGAUAUAGUGGCUGCGGUCAUGGACAUGCUGGACAUCCCGGGAGACGCCACUGGUCCUGCUGCGGAAAUGUGCUUGAGAACUCCGAAUGCAAUGUGGCCAAUAAACUUCUAAAUACCUAAAAUGUGUCACUAAGUAUGGAUCUAUUAGUUUUGUUUUAAGCUUAAGUUAAUUUUAGAUCCAACUACAAUGAAUUGAAAAGAUUAAAGUCGCAUAACUAAGAGAGUAUUUCAAGUCCACGAAUGCAUUACAAAACAUAAGUUGUAAAAUACCGGAGGAUAAGGACAAACCCUACAUAUGCCAAAAAACCUGGCCUCAAUACCCACACAACAGCGCCUAAACCCAAACGGCGACCUUGAAAAUUUCUAGUGGGCAAUAAAGAAAGAACUAUACCUUCCUGCCACAUGGUCAGCAUGUGCUUUCGACCUAAUCGGCCGGAACAUAGUUUUGUUUAUUCAUUAAAAAUUUUAAUCAUAA